GUCACGACAUGCAAAAUGGAUGUGGCUACAUAAGAUCUAAAAAAAAACCUCACUAGAAACAGAAAUUUUUUUCCCAUGCAGAUGUCUGUUGGCAGAUAGACACAAAGAGCUCGGUGAAGUUCUGUGCUCAUUGUGACUACAUUUCCCAGAGUCCCAUGCUUUGGUCCUGUCAACUAAAGACUCUUUGAAAUACAGUCAGUUCAUUUGUCCAAACCCAAGUCUCACUCCAAAAGUGCGUUUCUGUAAGUUGUUUGAGCCUCACGUGAUUUUAACAGGGACUGCUUGACUGUGGGCUGGUCUUCCUGAUUUAGAUUAGGACUAAGCAUGAAUGAAAAGGUGGUGAAUCUCCGCAGGCAGAGAAAUGUAGUUUCAGAUCAGGUCUAAGAUCAGGUCUGAGAUCAGGCUUAAAUGCAGUCUGGAACAUGUCAGCUCCGAGUUUGCAAGAUGGAAUUAAAAUGACUAGAAUGAAAACAGGUGCAGAAAUUACUAUAAAAUAAAAUUACUACGGGGAACGCUCGCGGAACUGUUUCAGCGCCGUAACUGGAACAUAAACAAAAUAAUGAAAACUGGUGUACUUGUCCCAAAUCCAAGCCGCGUUGAAAAAAUGAAACAUUUUUCUCAAUUUAUACAAGACUCGAAAAAAACCCAUGUCUUACUGGCUGCAUUUGCAUUUUUAAGGCUUGUACUGUUUUUGAACGUCUUAGAAUUGCGUAACUUUCCCUAGUUUCCCAGCACACAGGCCUGGUCCGCGCAGACGGCGGCUGUUUGGGCUUCCUGGAGUUCAGACUUCAUCUCCUCGGGCAGCUGGAGGGCAGGGCAGGAAGGUUUGUUGUGACGACGGUAACGGCGCGCUGUUUCACAAUAAGAUCAUUACGGAAAACUUUAGAGAGCAACUUUAAAAAGCAUUUAACGCCCCUUUAAAGGUGACGGGCAAGGCGCGUCUGCCAAACGCCGUGAGUGUAAAAUGUAAAUGUGAAAUAAAUGUUAAGGCCUGAACUGGACGGAUGGCUGUGGAAUGCCUGCCGCGGCAGUAUCCGCCCUGCACUUUUCCUGCUCCUUCUCCCACACAGACACCAGCAACACCACAAACCGAAACAAGCCGUUUGUUUCAGGCACUGAACAUGCUAACACGCACUAAAAAACACGCUUGUUUCCUUCUUCCCCAGCGAGAGUCGUGUUAUUACAGACCCCCGUCUGCGCGUAAUGGCGCGGCGUGUCCGCGCGGAGGCGCACGCGCACCGACCAGCUCCCCCUCGCGGUGCCUCUGGCCCAGGUGGAUGAGCAGACCCCCCCCUCCCAUCGCCUCGCUCUUCCGGCUCUCCCGGACAAGCUUGUGUGGCACGCACCACGGCGCAUUAGCUCGUGCUAGGUGCUCUCGCGCGAGAGACGCCCGCGACAGACAUGUCCUAACUUUUCGCGCGACCCCAGUCGAGUUUUCGGGAGCAGCUUCGCGGACGCAGAGAGGCGAGCGCGAGUUCCCAGCGCAGCUCCACAGCCUGACUCCUCCCCCUCCCUCUUCCCCCUGUGAUAUGACAUCACCCAGCGGUUGCCACGGAAACCAGGGCUCCACUGCAGACAGUUGACAUCCAGGCAGGUGUGAGGAUGGCCGCACAGGUGGAGGUGGGUUCUGGCCGUCCGGAUGCGGUGAGCAGCUGUCUGCACCUGAGCCCUCUUACGGAUUCCAGCAACAUGGCCCUGGUGGAGGAUUCUUCUGGCCCCCACGGCUCCCUCAUCCUGACCCCCGAGCCCCGCAAACCCAUCCCCGGACCCAAACCCAGACUCACCCCAAAACCUUUCUCCGUGGAGAGAAGCUCCACCAUUCGCCCCAUCCUCGGCCCCAAACCUCAGCCCAAACCAAAGCCCGAAUCCGCCCACAGACCCAGCCAUCCCGGUGCCCUCAAACCCAAACUGCCGUCCGGCCGACCGGCACAGACUGCCUUUAGACCCGGCUUGGGACCAGCCCAGAAGCCAGACACCCCAGUCCCAAAGCUGGCCCCGCCUUCUGCCGAGGCAGCCACGCCCGCUCCCACACCCAGACCCGCUCAUCCGGCUGCUGAGUGGUCCGGAGCCCCUCGGCCGAAGCCGUCCGGCGUGUCCAUUACCCGCGCCAAGUCCAUGGGAUUCCUGCACGUCGCCAGACCGGAGGAGGACGAGAAGGUGGAGGGGACUGAUGAGACCCACAACCCCGUGGUCCUUCGACCUCAGGAGGGCAGGACAGGCAGACCCAGACCGGUGUCGGCCGUCUUCCUGAGGGCGCCGGGCCAGGCGGAGCCCAUGACCUCUGCCCCCAGUCCCGCGCCCCGCUGGGGGGCCAGGCGUCCCCUCUCCACCAACCUCACGUCCAAGUUCGAGCCACACCCGCGACCUACCAAGCUGGACAGCAAGGAGAACAUUCCGGAAACACCAGAGCAGGUGGAGGCAGGCGGAGCAGGGAAGAGGAUGGAGAAGGAGGAGGUGGAGACCAGUGGGUGGAGCAAAGCAUCUCCUCUGGAGAGAGGCCCUGGGAAGGAGGAGGCAAAAGGGGGCGGAGACAAACCUGAGGAGAAGGCGGGGAGCAGCAUAAAGAGGCGGAUCAGUCUCCUGCUAGACUCCUCCUCUUCCUCCUCGCUGCCACACCCCCGUGGACCCACCCCAGGUGCAGAGCCUCGCUCGCCGGGGCCACUGAGCUCGGAUGCCGACGGAGGCAUCGGGGUCAAGCAGCGAAUCAGAGAGCUGACAGAAGACGCCUCCACCGUGCCUACUCCGCCCCAGAAACCACAGCUUAAGCCCCGCCCUCUGCCGACGGACCUGACGAAACGCUUCCUUACGGAUCUGGAGAACCCUGCUGACCCCCAGGGCCCGCCGGGCGGAACCGGAGACGUGGUAAAGUCUAAGGACUCCUUUGGCAUUGGGCUAUCCGUGUCACUAGAGGACGAGGUGUCCCGGGAGGUUCAGGACCCCGCGACCCCGGGCGGGAUGCAGACGGUUCGGGCAUCUCUGUUUGAGAACGUAGUGGAGAGACGCAGCGUUUACCUGGUGGAUGACGGCAGCCCCCGAGGUCCUGCGUCCGCCUGGGACGGCGUGGAGGAGGGACAUCUGUUCACGGCUACGUUCCGAGAGCCUGCCUCGCCUCCCAGCACCCGGCGGGUGGAGCACGUCUUCGAUACAGUGGUGCCGGUGGAGCAGAGUUGCGCGGUCAGUGAGACGCUGUCUCCUGCUCAUCUGGAGGGAUGUGCGCUCGUGCUCCGCUCUAGGAGAUCGGACGAGCUGCAGCAGGACGAGAGCGCCCUGUCGCCGAAGGAGAGAGAGGGACAGGUGGAUGGCAGCCACCUGUCCCUCAGGGUGGGGGCGUUGGUGAAGUGGGAUUCCAUGGGUAUGGACGAAGAGGUGGAGACAGGGAGACACAGAGAGAUCCUGAGAGACAUGGAGGAGGAGCUCCAGAGACAGAUGGAGGUUCACAAGGCUGCCGUGGCCGUCAUGGAAGAGGACGAGAGCGAGGCAGAGGCACAGGGACAGCUUGAGGCGGAGAGACAGAGACAGGUGGAGGCGGAGAGACAGAGACAGGUGGAGAGACAGCUGGCGGCGGAGAGACAGCUGGCGGCGGAGAGGCAGAGACAGGUGGAGGCGGAGAGGCAGAGACAGGUGGAGGCGGAGAGGCAGCGACAGGUGGAGGCGGAGAGACAGCGACAGGUGGAGGCGGAGAGACAGCGACAGGUGGAGGCGGAGAGACAGGUGGCGGCGGAGAGACAGCGACAGGUGGCGGCGGAGAGACAGCGACAGGUGGCGGCGGAGAGACAGCGACAGGUGGAGGCGGAGAGACAGCUGGCAGCGGAGAGACAGCGACAGGUGGAGGCGGAGAGACAGCGACAGGUGGAGGCGGAGAGACAGCGACAGGUGGAGGCGGAGAGACAGAGACAGGUGGAGGCGGAGAGACAGCGGAAGGUUCUGGACACGGAGGCGGUCCAGGCGAACAGGUCGAAGGUUGCCCACGCCGUGGCGCCCUGGGCCGUGGGAGCAGAGGAGCACCGUGUGCUCCGCAGAGAGGAAGUGCCGUUCGACGACUUCUCCGUUAAAGCUGGGCGCUGGGGCUCUCCCAGGCGAGCAGUCUCCAUGAGGUAUAACCGUCCCGUGGACGCCUCCAGGACAUGCUCCCCGGACAGGCGGAGGAGGGCGAGGAGCCGCGAGAGAGCCCAGGAGCACGAGCACGAGGCGGAGAGACAGAAACUGGCAGAAUAUGAAAAGAUGAGUGAGCUGAAGAACCAGAGGGAGCUGGACAGGGAAGCGGAACGUCAGGUGGAGCACGAGAGGAGAACAGCAGUAGCAGAGAGAGACCUGGACAGACGUCGUCGUCAGGAGUUUGAGCGCGAGAAGGAGAGAAUGUUGGAACAGGAGAUGCUGAAGUUGAGAGAGUUUGAGAGACAGCGAGAGCUGGAGAAGGAAAGAGAGAGACAGCUGGAGAGACAAGAACUUGCACGACAAAGGGAACUUGAGAGACAAAAAGAAGCAGAAAGACAGAGAGACCUUGAGCGAGACCGACUGAGGCAGCGAGAACUGGAGCGUCAGAAAGAUCAGCAGUGGGACGUGGGUAGGUGGACACAGAGUGCAGAGGAGAGAGACCGGCAGAGAGCACGGGACGACCUGGACAGGAUCAAGGAGCUGGAGAGACGCCGUCUCCUGGAGUUCUCGCUGCAGAAGGAAAGUGAGAUGUCUUCACAGCUGGGCCGGGAGGAGGACCAGCGGCUGCUGGGACCACACCUUCGUCCCAAGGUUCUGGAUCUGGACGCCGUUUCCCUGGACGACCGACCGGUCCGGGGCGGGGCCAACCAAGGUACCGCGCCGCCGUGGAACCCGCCCUCAGGCCGCGACGACGAUGUCUCCGGACGCAGCGUCCUGGACGUGGAUUCUUUCAGGACCCAGAUGCCCCCCGCACUUCCUGUCGACCCCUUCGGCAUGACAGCCUUUGCGGGUCCGGACCUGGGUUUUGGCCAGCCAUGCCCCACGGACCGGGCGGGAGCAGGACAGCAGCCUGGCUUGACGUGGGCCGCGUCUCAGGUGGAGAUGGCCGUGGACGAACCUCUGUGGGUGUCUGGGGCAGAAGAGACCAGGAAGAAGCCAAGCCUGGAGGAAGUGAGCCUGGCCUUCCCCCGCACCCCUGGGCCUGUCUGCCCGACUCCAACACCCGCCUCCAGCUUUGGUAUGUGUAUGCUGGUUCCAGAGAGGGUGUGGUCUCUGCCAGCUGACGGAGGUGUGGCUGGUGCGCUCAGCUCACCGGUGUCCUCUACGGGCAGGACGGAGCCCCAGCUGCCUGCCAUGUCUUCAGCUGUAGCAGAACCAGCCUGGGGCCCCAACUGGGAGCUGGUCUCCCAGGAUCCCGGCCAGACGUCACACUGGAGGAAGGGGGUUCAAGAGUCCCGGGUGCGAUCUCGGAGUGUUAAUCGGAGGUCUGCUGACUGCUCUACUGUUGACGGGCCACUGUCUCGUCUGAGGAGCCGUAGUGCACACAGAGAGCGAGAUAGCUGGGAGCAGUUGAAACAGUCAGUAAGUGGCCAGGAUGAGGCUAAAGACACAGAUACACUCGUCCAGGAGUCAGACAGUCAGUAUGGCACCUGGGACACAGGACUACGCACAGAUGACAGUCUGACUCCAGCUACCCCCUCCUCAGAUGGCAACCGUACCCUGUCUCCGCGGAAACCCACUCCUCCCCACUCCCCUGUGCAAGCUACGCCCACAGACACUCCAACUAGCCCUGCCCCCUGGUCCGAGGAGGCGGAGCCUCUGACCUUUCCAGAGACCACAACCACCCUGCUGGACUCCAGUGUGCUGAGAUCCAGAGUCCAGCUCAGGAAGAAGAGCAGCCACCGGGCCCCGCCCUCGCGAGCCGCCCGUCAGAGCUCUACCCUAUCACAGCUCGCGGAGGGGUCAGAGGGAGGGCCUGAAGAAUGGCGUUACAGAGACUCGACGGAAGACACAGUGGACUCCUGGAAAGAGGACGAGGAGGACGAGGAGGACGAGGACACCCGGGGAGCAGAAGCCCACGCUACCGCCCCCACCCAGAGAGUGUCCGUCUUUCCGGGCAUGAACCCCUCUGUUCUCAUGGCCCAGCUGAAGAAGAGGGGAGAUUCAGGCACACAGCCAGAUCCUCCUGCUCCCUCUGCCUCACAGCUCUCACGCUCUCCAAAGUCUCCCUUCCUGCCCCGAGCCGCACGUGUGCUGCCCCCUGCUGCCGGCAAGGAAAACAGGGAAGAGUCCUCGCCACAGUGGUUGAAGGAGCUGAAGACGAAGAAACGUUUGAGUCAGUAUGAGACUGAUGGCUAGAUCCCGUCAGACAGGUUGCCUUAUAGCUGGAGUAUCUGUGGCUAAACCUUGAUGACAAAAGCCUUAACCUUUAACCUGGAGUCGACUGGGAAACCCACUGCUGCUGAACGCAUCAUCAUUCUGCCUGUUUGUGAUUAGUGGUUCGCUUUCUCUGUGCUCCGCCACGCUGUGUGUGAUUGGUGGUUCUCUUUCUCUGUGUUCCUCGCCCAAGGAGUCAUACAUGCAUUGUGCCUUUCUAGGAGGUCUGAGACUGAUGAAAACAGAUUGUGUCUGUGUGUGUGUGUGUGUGUUCUGACAGUGGAUUCUUUUUGCAUUAAGCCACUUUAUCGGCUUGUGAGUUAGAGAAUACGGUGUGCUAAACCAAUAUUUCCUGGUUUUCUGAGAUAUGUUCAGGUUCAGCCUGUGUGUGUGUGUGUGUGUGUGUGUGUGUGUGUGUGUGUGUGUGUGUGUGUGUGUGUG